AUGGUCCAGUGGACGACUGAGGGACCACUGGCAGGUGGAACACAACAGAGGAGUGCCUGGAGUAUCCUCCAGUACAGCUUCAACCAAAAGGAACCCACCUACAUUUCAAAGGUCACUACAGCCCUCCUGCUCCCGGCUUGCAAAAAUCGGUGUGAGGCAGCGUCCCCGCAUCAUGGCUGGCUGGGGGGGGGGGGCAUUGGGUCUGUUCUGCUGAUUGUACUGUCCGGUCUCUGUCAGAGAGGUGUCCCCAGUGGAAUUUCAACACACGUUGAAAUAGCACAUAGAGCUCUGGAAUUCUUCAGGAAGCAUGAAGGGAAUGUUAAUUACAGACAGUUGUUACUAAGCCACCAAGAUGCAUUUCAGGCUGGGAGCAUUUAUCCUGAUGCCUUCUAUCCUUCACUCUGCAAAAGUGGAAUAUUCCGUCAUGUCUCUGAAGACACUCAUUGGUCACCAUUUCUCAAUGCAAGUAUUCACUACAUCAGAAGGAAUUAUCCUCAGCCUUGGGAAAAGGCUACAGAGAAGCUGGUGGCUUUCCUGUUUGGAAUUGCCUCGCAUAUGGUGGCAGAUGUUAGCUGGCAUAGCCUGGGCAUCGAUCAAGGAUUUCUAAAGGCCAUGGGAGAAAUUGAUUUUCAUGGUUCAUACUCAGAAGCUCACAAUGUUGGUGAUUUUGGAGGAGAUGUACUGAGUCAGUUUGAGUUGGACUUCAGUUAUCUGGCGCCAGAUUGGUAUGUGCCUGUCAAAGACUUAGCAGCUAUCUAUCAGGAAUUUUAUGGAAGAGAGAUCAUAACAGAAGGCACAAUUACUGACUGUACUUACCUGCUGUUUCUUGAACUGCAUGGAGAAAGAAUUGCUGUUGCCAAGCUUUUUCCAACGUAUGCUAGUAAAUCUGCAUUUCUGGUGGAGAAGUUCCAUGAUUAUUUCCUCGGAGGAGUGGAUGACAUGGCAUUUUGGACAAACAAUAUUUUUGAGCUGACGAGUCAUAUGCUGGAAAAUGGAACCAGUGGCUGCUUCCUGCCUGAGAACCCUCUGUUUAUAAAAUGCACGAGGGAACGCAAGAACAGCUACAUAAGUAAGCAAUCCAAAAAUGAACCCUACAAGAAUACCACUUCUUCGCAUACAGAAACAAUUACAAAGAAUAUAAAGUACACAGAGAGAGGAGUUCACUUCAAUGUACACUCUUGGGCAACAAAUUCCCUCCGCUUCAUAAACAAGGCUUUUGCAGCAAACGUCUGGAGAGUGUUAGCAGCUGCACAUCAACAGUCUUCUAAGCUCAUCUCUAAGCCAGCAGCAUCAUAUUUUUUGACUUCACCUUAUGCUAGACUUGGAUGGGCAAUGAUCUCAGCUGACCUAAACCAGGAUGGAUAUGAAGAUCUGGUGGUUGGAGCACCAGGGUACAGCACAUUGGGCCAUGUUCAGAUAGGACGGGUAUAUAUAGUCUAUGGCAAUGAGUCAGGUUUGCCUCCGGAGGACAUGGAUCUAGAUGGGAAAGCAGACCAAAUACUAGAGGGUCAUCAGCCUUCAGGCAGGUUUGGUUCUGCCUUGGCAGUCCUGGACUUCAAUGAGGAUGGAGUGCCAGAUCUGGCAGUUGGAGCACCUUCUGUAGGAUCUCAGUUUCUCACUUACAAAGGUGCUGUAUACGUGUACUUUGGCACUGAGGGAAGAGGCUUGGCAUCUCAACCAAAUAUUACCCUAACUUGUCAGUAUUCCUACUGUAACCUUGGUUGGUCCCUCCUGGCAGCUGAUGUCGAUGGGGAUGGAAAUGCUGACCUGGUUGUUGGCUCUCCAUACGCAGCCGGUGGUGGGCAGCAGAGAGGAUUUGUGGUUGCAUUCUACUCUUAUUUCAACAGAAGUGGCCAAGGUCUCCUCUCAGUAGAGGAUGCCAACUGGAUGGUGAAGGGGGAAAAAAACUACGCUUGGUUUGGAUUUUCACUUGACAGCUGUCGUUUGGAGAACAUAACAUUACUGCUGAUUGGUAGCCCUACAUGGAAGAGUUGUGCUGGCUGCAGCCCCUUCUCAUCGGAUGUCAGACAGAGUGUUGGGAAGGUGUAUGGCUAUAAUCCACCAAGCACAGAACGCUGGUUUGCAGUAACUGGAGACAAGGAAAUGGGCAGAAUGGGUAUGUCUCUCACCAGUGGUGUGGUGUCUGUGGCUGGGAUCACAAGGACUGUUUUGGUGGUGGGAGCACCUACCACAGACAGCCUGUCUAGGAUUUCGUUUAUAUCCUCAGUGCUGCACCAGGCUGGAUCGGCUCUGAUGUAUGAUCUGACAGACAGUGCCAAGCCUUCUUUGCUCAGCACUUUCAGUGGGGACAGGAGGUUUUCUCGCUUUGGAGGAGAUGUAUAUUUAAGUGACCUGGACAACGACGGACUAGAUGAAAUGAUUGUGACAUCCCCACUGCGAACUAAUGAUAUCACCACAGUACUGUUUGGUGGGGCAGCUGGCCGUGUUUACAUUUACAGUGGAAACCAGACAAUUUCAGGGAAUGUGACAGAUCGUUGCAAAUCAUGGAUAUCUCCCUGUCCUGAGGACUGGGCACAAUAUGUCCUGAUUUCUCCUGAGGAACAAUCAAGAUUUGGGAGUUCUGUUAUCACUGUAAAAUCUGAAAGAAAGAAGGAAGUUAUAGUGGCAGCAGAGAGAAGUUCAGCGAAAGCUCGGCUCGGUGGAAGGCUUUUUGUCUACUCUCUCUAAGUUUGUGCUAGUCUUUGAGACCAGGCCAAUGCUGGUCUUUUAUGGAAGAAUCUAUAUAGUACCUGUGAUCUUUUCCUUAACCGAUACAAACCAACAAGACUGCAUGACAGCAAACCGCCAUAGGUAGAUGUUAAGAGUCCCAGACCUUAUCGAAGGAAUGACAGAUGGUUGUUUUUUUUAAAAGUAAGUGACAGGGAAUAUGAGCAUCAUGACAAGCUAAGUAAGCUAAAUAAGUCAGGUUAGAGGACAUAUUAACUCCACAGUGAGUAGCAGCAUUUCUUGACGUAGAACAAGCAAGCUGGUGUGAAAACUUCUGAGACUGAAAUGAGCAGGAGGCUGGAUUUGGUUGGCCAUAUUUGGCUGUAUAAGGAAUGGUCCAGUGCUUGUCAGCUGCAGCCCUUGUUAACAAGUCACCUUCACAUACGGUAUAUAUUACACUGCAUAAAGCAAGUAAUAAAAAUAGCACCUCACUGUGCUAGUUGCUUGCUCAAACUGUAGAAAUCCCCCUAGGCCACCUUGCCUUAUACACCCUUUUGCAACAAGAACUCACAGCAGCACACAGCUCUCCAUUGCUGUGACCUGUCCUCCCCAGUCAGAUGCUGUGUUCCAGCUAGGCUGCAUCAGGGACAGACAGGGAAGCAAAGGGGACAAAGCCCACCUUCUAGUGGCAGAAGUGUCUUAAACUGGCCGCUUGUGACCGCAGAAUGGUAAUGGACCUCCAAAGAUCAACUAGCUGAAGAGAAGAGAUAGCAGCUUCUAUAACAGAGAAGAGACUCACUUAUUAGUUAAAUGCUUCAAGCAGGGUAAUUAAAGAGUGGUCAGGAUAGUUGUUGUAGCAGGGAAUCUGCUUUUGUGCCUUAUCCACCUUGGACAGGAUCAAUCUUCAGCUGUGCUGCAUGUCCUGCCCCUGGUUUACAGGUGGGUGUCUUCCAUUUCUGAACUCUAUCCACCAACCACCCUUUUCCAUUUACCUUGCAACUCUCCGUCCAGGGUCUGAAAACUAUGAUAUGCUUUCCCUCAAGUUAUGACAUCAGAGCCCCAGGUCACUUCCUAAAUCAUUUACUAGUCACGUCUCAGUACUUUCUUGACAGAAUCAAGAUGGAGUUCACCCUACGUUCCUAGGGGUAUAGACAGUGAUUCUAAGACAUCAGAAAUCAGGGUCAACAAGCAUGGACGAAGGGCAGCGCUAAGCGAGACAUACAUGGAUGGGAGAGUUUGCCAGUCUCUGGCAAGUCUUGAGGCCCAUGUUAAGGGUGCUAAUCAAUCAGCUGGAUUCUUCCAGGGAGAACACAAGCAAGACUGGAUCAUUUUAAGGAAACUCUCUUGCUGUCACACUCAUGGCUGGGACUACCAGGAGACCUGUUCUUUGUGCUUUCAUGUAGAAUUCAGUGACUAACAACGUAGAAUUGUGCUUUGAUUGUUAACAGUACUGUUUUCAGCUAAUUAACACUAAUUUUUCAUGAUGCAGGUUAGCAAUGUAUGCAUUGAUAUGGAAUUAAAUACCUUAAGCAGCAA